UCACUUCAACUGAAGCAUUUAUCAACAGUGAUUGCAGAUACUCCAAUCACAUCCACUAUUCAAGCAUGGACCAAACUCAGCAUUCAAGCAAAACAGCAGAGGUCCAACCUUCCAGACCAAGGCGUUGUGAUGGCUUCAAGAUGUUUUUGGCAGCCCUCUCAUUUGCCUAUGUAAGCAAGGCACUAGCUGGAGUCAUUAUGAAAACUUCCAUCACGCAAAUAGAAAGGAGGUUUGACAUCCCGUCUUCCUUUGCUGGUUUCAUUGAUGGAGGAUUUGAAAUUGGGAAUUUGAUGGUUAUUAUAUUUGUGAGUUACUUUGGAUCCAAACUACACAGACCAAAGUUGAUUGGAAUUGGAUGUUUCAUCAUGGGCCUUGGAAGCAUUAUAACUGCUAUGCCACAUUUCUUCAUGGGAUAUUACAGGUUCUCAUCAGAGGAUGAUAUCAACUCUCUAAGAAACACCACAUGGAAAUGUUUAGCAAAUCAAACUACAUCACUCACUGGAAACUCACCUGAGAUAAUGGGGAAAGAUUGUGAAAAGGUAUCCAAGUCAAACAUGUGGAUUUAUGUGUUGAUGGGGAACAUGAUUCGUGGAAUAGGGGAAACACCAAUAGUGCCCCUAGGAGUUUCCUAUAUUGAUGACUUUGCAACAGAAGGGCACUCUUCUAUGUAUUUAGGUAUUUUGAAUACAGUAGCAAUGAUUGGUCCAGUCAUUGGCUUUAUCAUGUCAUCUAUGUUUGCUCGGAUGUAUGUAGACAUUGGAUACGUAGACCUGAGAACUAUCCGAAUAACACCUAUGGAUGCGCGUUGGGUUGGUGCCUGGUGGCUCAAUUUCCUUGUUUCUGGACUAUGUUCCAUUAUUUCUUCUAUACCCUUCUUUUUUCUACCCAAAAUUCUAAACACAUCACAGAGAGAAAGGAAAAGUUCAGCAUCUCUGAAUGUACUUAAGACCGAUGAAGAAAAGAAUCACAUGACUAAUUUGACCAAACAGGAGAAAAAAGCCCCUGUCAACAUGACCGGUUUCCUGUGUUCUAUGAAAAGCAUCCUCACCAACAAGCUGUAUGUUUUGUUCGUGGUACUGACGCUGCUGCAAAUCAGCAGCUUUAUCGGAGCCUUCACUUACGUCUUCAAGUUCGUAGAGCAACAGUUUAGCAAGUCGGCGUCCCAGUCCACCUUCACGCUGGGACUUAUAAACGUACCUACUAUGGCAGUUGGGAUGUUUUUAGGAGGAUAUAUCAUUAAAAGAUUCAAGUGGACCCUGGUUGGAAUUGCCAAGUUUGCAUUAUUCACAUCCUUAGUAUCCUAUGUCUUGCAGCUACUCAAUUUUCUUCUACUCUGUGAAAACAAUUCAUUUGCUGGCCUAACCAUGACAUAUGAUGGAAUGAACUCGGUGGACUCUCACAUAGAUGUACCCCUUUCAUAUUGCAAUGCUGACUGCAAUUGUGAUAAAAAUCAAUGGGAACCCAUCUGUGGGAAAAAUGGAGUGACAUACAUUUCACCUUGUCUGGCAGGAUGCAAAUUUUCUGGUGGUGAUAAGAACCUUAAUAGUACAGUAUUCUAUGACUGCAGUUGUAUCAGAGACUCUGGUUUCCAGACCAGCAAUUACUCAGCCCAUUUGGGUGAAUGCCCAAGAAGAAAAUGCCAAAACAACUAUUACUUUUAUAUAGCUUUUCAAGUUGUGAAUUAUUUCUUUAUUGCAAUGGGAAGCACAUCUUAUAUCUUGAUUCUGUUGAAGACUGUCCAACCUGAAUUGAAAUCACUUGCAAUGGGUUUCCAUGCACUGGUCAUCCGUGCACUAGGAGGAAUUCUAGCUCCCAUCUAUUACGGGGCACUAAUUGACAAAACAUGUCUGAAGUGGUCUGUCACCAGCUGUGGAGCACGAGGUGCUUGUAGGGUGUAUGAUGCUGCAUUGCUUGGAACUGUCUACUUGGGUUUGAACACAUCUUUAAAAACUCCAGUACUUAUUUUAUUUUUCAUAUUAAUUUAUGCCAUGAAGAAAAAAUAUGAAAGAAACGAUAGCAAGACAUUGGAAAAUGAUGGAAAAAUUAAAGAUGAAGCAAAUCCAGACACCUUAAAUAAAAAUGGGUACCAUUCUGUACCUCCUAGUACAUCAUAUGAUGAAACACCUCUUUGAAGAAAGAAAAAGAUACAUCUGUUGAUGUGUUUCCAAACAAUUUCCUGGUUCUUUCUUUGGGGAUAUUCACACUUUAGAUACAGUGGAUAACGAUGAUCUAUGACUUUGUAAUGAAGAGAAGCUACAAAUCAAAAUGAAUAGGAGCUGUGUGUUUGAGGCUGGGAUUGGAAUAUGUGAUCUGUACAAAUUUAAAGCAUGAACGUUAGUUUACAAUAGAAAAGCAAGUAUUCACUUUAAUGUCCAUAAUUCAAUAAAACAAGUGGCUAGGAUUUGCAGAGGGGCAAAUGAAGGAGAUAAACUGGUUGACUGUAUAAGGAGAAGUACCUUAUGGCCUUAAAAAUAAAAGUUUGAAUAGUUCUACUCAUGCUUGAAGCCUGCUGAUAGACAUCAUGAAUUAACAUCCUCUGGUAUCCAUGUCAACAUGUAUAUUUUGCAGAACAAUUUAUUUGUAAUUGUGUUUCACAGCACAUUAACCUUCUUUGAAUAUGCCCUUACAGUAUUGAGGAAUAACACUGAAAUAGUAAAAUAUUACAAACCAUGAUUUUCAGAAAACUUAACAUAGAAUGCAUUUUAAGAGCCAUGGAAAUGUUUGGAAGACUCAACGUUGGCUGAAGAAAGCAAAGAUCAUUGAAUAAAUGAGCCUUCACGUCUCCUGUCAACUCUCUGAGAUGAGUGUAUGCCAGACAAAAUGUGUAUUAGAGGACAUCAGAGUUUAUCAUUUGCCAGUGUUGUAUUUGUCUGUUUUUUUGGAUGUAAUACAUACAUAUGUAUAUUCAUGUAAAUAAUCACUGA